AUGACCCUUCGUUCGCUCCUGGUCUGUCUUUCUCUCGGAACAUAUGUUGCGUGCUUGGCUCCUAGCGGCCCCUGGGACGCCUUCAACUUCGCGCCGGCAUCACGGACAGUCUAUCCUGUCUCAAUCCGCGAGACUAGCGGCAAUGUCUCUAGCAUAGGCGACGGCCUAACCCUCAGCGGAGACGGUUCAUACGUCACGCUUGACUUUGCUUUUGAAGUUGCAGGGCCCAUAUCGCUUUACUUCGACGACGUCUCCGAGAGUUCCUCCAUUGCCCUCUCCUUCACUGAGUCUCCUCUGUUCAUUAGCCCCACCACAUCCGACGACUCCGACACCGUUUCCGCGGAUAUGUCCUAUGACGGCGUCCUCAACGUCCCUGCUCCGCUGCCAACUGGCUAUUGGACGCAGCCGGCGGCUCAGAUGAGGGGCGGGUUCCGCUUCCUCACGAUCGUCUCAACCUCGGACGGAGCAGUCUCGUUCUCGAAUGUGUCUUGUGGACUGAAUUUCAUGCCGCAUGUGGAGUCACUGAGAGACUAUUCGGGAUAUUUCUAUGCUGCGGACCCAAAAUACGUUGACCAGAAUUUCCUGACAAAGAUCUGGUACGCGGGCGCAUACACAGUGCAGAUUGAUACCAUUCCGUACGAUACUGGUAGAGACCCAAACCACCCUUCGCCAGGCUGGGCGAACAACUAUCCCAUAGGCAACACGGGGGCUGUACUGGUAGAUGGUGCCAAACGCGACCGGUCCGUCUGGCCAGGUGAUCUCGGCAUCUCGCUACCCACCCAGUUCGUCUCUACAAACGACCUCGUCACCACGCGCAACGCCCUCGACACGCUCUACGCCAUGCAGAGCGCAUCGGGCGCGCUGCCUUACUCCGGGCCGCCGAUCAGCGCAACAGCUGGUAGCGACACCUAUCAUGCGUGGACGCUCGUCGGGACGUACACCUAUGUCCUUUAUUCCGGAGACUUUGCGUGGCUCCAACAUGUCUGGAGUAACUAUACGAGAGGCGUGGAGUAUCUUGCGGAGAAGGUGGAUGAAACCGGGCUCUUGUACGUGACGGGGGUUUUGGACUGGGGUAGGAUCGGGCAAGGGGGAAAUAAUGCAGAAGCAAAUGCUCUCUACUACAAGGUCCUUACGAGCGGCGCCGACCUCGCGUCCUGGCUGAACGACACCGACCUUGCUGAUGCCUACGCCACGAAUGCAUCGGCCCUCAAGCCGAUCUUCAACGAUGCUCUCUGGCUCGCAGACCGCGGGAUGUACCGCGACAACCUCACGACGACGUUCUGCGCACAGGACUCCAACUCGCUCGCCGUCGUGUUCAACCUGACCGAGAACGCGACGCAGGCGGCAUCGAUCAGCGAGGGAUUGACGGCGAAUUGGGGGGUUUACGGCGCCACUGCGCCUGAGCUGCCUGACACAAUCGCGCCCUUCAUCGGCGGGUUCGAGUUGCAAGCGCAUUUCAUUGCGGGGAGGGGUGCUCGCGCUCUGGAUCUCUUGCAUCGCGAAUGGGGAUACAUGCUCUACACACCCCUCAGCGUGCAGUCGACCCUGCUCGAAGGCUACACGACGAACGGGUCGCUCUACUUCCGCUCCACCGAUGGGUAUGACUAUGAUGCAUCCUACACAAGCCAUGCCCACGGAUGGAGUACGGGACCUACGUCUGUCUUGUCGUUCUACGUCCUCGGUCUGCAGAUCACGGGGCCGCAGGGCCAGACGUGGGCCGUCGCGCCGCACACUGCGGGCUUGCCGUACGCGGAAGGCGGGUACGAGACGCCGCUAGGGUGGUUCGGCGUGCGGUGGUCGUUGGACGAAGGGUGGUGGAAUGCGACAGUGUGUACGCCGGAGGGGACUAGCGGGAGUGUGACGCUGCCGGUGAACGGGACGGUCAGCGUCGACGGGGAUGCGGCGGCUCCAGAUGAUAGCGCUCUGCAGCUGAGCGGGGGGAAUCACACUGUGUCUGUACAACUCAUAGCAUGA